AAUGGCGGAAACCGGGUAAAAACAGGUUGAGCUAAAAAUACUGCUUUUGUUGUCAUGGUUGAAGAACCCACGCAAAAAAAAUUUCGUUUAUAUAACUUGACCUGUGCUGUGCUGUAAUUAUAGCCAGCAGCUACUGUAUAUAAACAACGUUGCUGCCGAAAAUAGAUAGAGAAUUUUCCGGUGAAGUCGAUCGAGUUGAGUCAAGAAACUUUUAUAUGGCGGACGGAGAUGCAGAUUACUCUCCGAAAUUGGCAGAGAACCUUUUAGAAAUUGUGCGGUCGGAUCGAUUCGUUACUGAGUGUUUUAAGGAAAGAAACCUCAAAAUUUCUCAAGCGUUGUGUCUGCUAUGGCAUGACCAAUCGACGGGUGAUGUCCCGGGAAGGAAAUCAAGUGCCCCUCAUUAUGGGAACGUCUCGGCAGCUGUAAUCAUCGACUUGUACGUCCUCGGCAAGGUCAGUUUUGAAGAAGCACAGGCGUCCUGUCUGGGUGUGAAGUAUAAGGAGAUGGUACUUCAGGUGACUGAUUUCACACCAACAGACUCUUACUUGGACAAAUGUAUGUUCAAUCACAUGGUGGAACACACUCGUAAACAUCCUGACAAGCCCCGCAGUGUGGCAAAGUGGAUAUUGAAGGGUUCAAAUUACCACAAGCCCUGCUGUGUGUCAGCUACAUUUGACAGCCUUGUGGAUCUUGGAUUAAUGUCAAAAGAGCCCAAGUUAUUGGGAACCUGCGUUAAAUAUCCAGUCAUAAAUGCAGCACCACAGAAUGAACUUGUUAAAGAAAUACAGAUGAUUGCACUAGCAGGGCAUACAGUGGAUGGCUUCACCUGGACUCUUUUAAAGCUGGCCCGCUUUUCAGACUUGCUGUAUCUUGGAGGAGCACCGAUGCUCAAGCAUCUCUUCCACAAGAAGGAGUAUGAUGAUGCAAAGAAAAAGAUUCAAGAGUU